GUAAGCCCCACCAACUUAUCCCUGUAGGUGAAUGUACGUAGGUACCUUUGCCGAUUUAAUGAAUGCGAUUUCCUCUCUGAGCUUCUGAACCGCGACUCAACAAGCUACAUCAAGCUUAUACAGGCAUGUCAAGAUGGGGGAUAGACUCACCCAAUUGCAAGAUGCUGUUGACCAGCUAGCGCAGCAAUUCGUGGCAUGCGUCCACUACAUCAACCGACAUCACAACCUCGAGAUCAUGAAUCCUACUGAUCAAAUUAGAGAUGUGAAGCAAGAGCCAGGUCAAGAAGAGGUGGACCCUCACCCGGAGGACCUCUUCAAAUCGGCGCAGGUAGAGCUCGCCCAGGACCUCAUCACGAAGGAGCAGCAGAUCGAGCUCCUCAUAUCCUUACUCCCCGGCCUCGACAACAGCGAGCAGGACCAAGAGCGCAAUAUCAAGGAGCUGGAGGAAGAGCUCAAGGUGGCCGAGGCGCAACGGCAGGAGGCGAUCAAGGAGAAGGAAGAUACCAUGGCGAAGCUAGACGCCGUCAUUCGCAGCAUCAGACGUCCGUGAAAACACACACAAACACACACACACUUGCGAAGCAGUGAAAGUGGUAGAUAUAUUUGAUACCCCCCCAGGUGAGGAAAGGCGUUAGGUGUGGAAUUUCGCUAUGAACUAUUGGUAGUCUCUCUAUCGGCAAAAGCCAAAAAAAGAGCAAGUCUCCGGACUACCUAGAAUAUAAAUAACUAUGACUUUGCGUAAAGUUGAACUCUAUCAUCCCUCUUCUGGUAAUAUACCCAAAAACGCCUCGGUCCAUGUUA